AUGGGGAGCAAAAACCUUCGAUGUGCUGAAGAUGAAAAUAGGGGUAGCAGAGGAAAAUUAAAAGAAUCGCAGAGUAAGUUUCCUGAUGCGGUUAUACUGGAGUUAUGUAAUUCAAUUUUACGGGAGCUUAAUGACCUUCACCGCCUUGAGGAAUCCUACUGGCAUGCCCAUGCAAGAGCUAAUGAGAUGCGUGAUGGUGACAAGAACACGACUUUUUCCACCAGAAAGCAAAAAGAUUGGCGGUUGUUUCCAGUUGUGUUGGUGACUUUUGUUCAAAAAGUCCACUAUGAAGAUUAUGCGAGUGUUAAGUUUCCAUUUAUUAGUAACUGGAAUUCUGAUACUUUAAAUGCUCGAAUCAAGGUACAAACUGAAGACCGUUCUCAGUUUGGUUUUGGUAUUGUUAAGCAAGAUAUUGUUCUUUCUUCUGAUGUAUUAUAUGAACAUUCGAAGGCGCUUGAAGCAAUUGAAAAAAAUGUGCCUUUAGCUCUUGAAUAUAAAAAUGAAUUGCGGAUUUCAAGUGAAGCUGAGUCAACAUUGUAUGUGCAAUACAAGAUCCCUAACGAUCUUCCGACAGAUAGAAAAAUCCAAUCUAUGGAUGUUCUAGAUGUUAAAAAGAAGCUGAUGACUCUUCAUCGUAAUAUGAAGAUUUCUUCUUCUUUUAAUCUAAGUUUGAUUAAGGAACUUAAGAAAGAUGCUGAAAAAUUAUCACAAGAAGCUUCUCAGCCGGAAUCAAAUUUUGAAAUGAAUGAUGAAUUUCUUGAGAUGUUGGAUUCUAUCACUGAAAAUUUGAUUCAAUUGAAAAAAUUAGUUGAUAAGAAGAAAGGAUUUCCUGUGAUGGUUGACAAAAUUAAACAAACUUCUACCAAUUAAUCUUUACAUGUAAUAUAAAUUUAUAAUAUAUACAAAUUUUUAUUGUUUUUACAUGAAUUUUUAUAAUUUUAUCAUUAAUUUUAUUACUUGUUCCUCAUUUGUAGGGUAGUACACAAGUAUUUUCUAAUUAUUAAAAAACCGAGAAUGAGAGAUUGGUACCCAACCUAAGACCUAGCCAUCAAAAUCUAUUCAUUAGAAAUAGACCUUUUUCUUGUAGUGUUAAAAGUAAAAGUUAUUUAGAGUACCCUUGCAAUUGCAUUGCUCAUUGCUUAAUCUUGAUUGGUGAACAUUGCCUUGCUUUGAUUCUAAUACUUUCAUAGACUUUUUAAAAAUUUCAAGAAUCCAUUGAAGUGUUUUUGUUGUUUCAUUAGUUAUUAAAGCACAAUCGAACAUUGUUGUUCUCCAAUGAUUGUUUACUCCACAAAUGGAGCACAUAUUAAUCCAUAAUUAAUUGUCUUAUGUGGUGUAAAAAACAGUGAUAUCUCCAAAUGCUUUGAUAUAUCCUCUAACAUCAUCAAAUCACGCCAAAAGUAACUCACAAUUUGAUCAAAGUUCAACAAACUAUCUGUAAAACAAAAAAAAAAAAAAAAACAAAAAGGUAUACAUCACCCUUUAACUCUUUGUGCUUUAUAUCUAGUGACAUAAUUUAGGAAGUCUCUCUUUGUUUUCCCAAGAACUUCCUCUAAUCCUACUUCAUUGGUAAGAAAAGUGUAGUAAUCCAUUGGUUUAAUCCCGUUCUCAACCAUCUUUUUAAUGAGCUUUCCCAUUUCUUCCUUUAUACUUCUUUCAGAUUUUAAAUAAGGAUGUCUUUCGAAAGGAUUCACUUACUUAUGAAUGUGCUCUACAUUGUGGUGAAUAGCAUAAUACCCACCAAUGUCUUUUCUCUUGAAUCUUAUUAUAGCAUUACAACCAACUAGUCUCAUUAACAGAUCAAAUUUUCCUCCUCUAUGAUGUUUUGCCUUAAGUAAAAUUCAUUAAUUUUUCAUAACUCUUAGUUCUUCUAACAGUAGUUUUUCGAACACUAUAGCUCUAAAAUGAGCUUUAUACAUAUGUUAAUGCAUCUUCACGAUCAACGAAAACUCUUCCCAUUAAUGAUAACUUAAUUUUUUCACCAAUAUCAUAUUUAAAUUAAUCAAACUCUGCGGUUUUGUAUAAAUAUUUAGUUGAUUGACUCUACAAUAAUACAAAAAAUUAUGAUAUGUAGUGAAAUGAUGAUAUCUUCUUUAAAAUGAAUAAUAUGUACUAUAGGAAAGAGGAUAUUAAUAUUGUAUUAAUACUAAAUAAUCUAAUAUCCUAAGUAAAUUAAAGUAAUAAUAUUGUUGGUUAUAGAGAAUUAUACUACCUUCGUUUCAUAUUAUUUGCAACAAAGAGGUAUUAUUUGUGAGAUAUAAAUAAUUCUUUAAUGUAAAUAAUAUGAAACGGAGGUAGAAUAUUAUAUCAUCAAUUAAAGUAAUCAUAUCAUUGGUUGUAGAUCGAAAUCAUAUCCUCAAUUAAACUAUUUAUGUCAUUUACUUCAACUAUUCAAUGAUAAUUUUAUUUUAGAAGUUAUACAAGAUGAUAUCAUAUAUACAUCUUUCCCGUUAUUUUUAAUUACGAUGGAUGAUAUCAUUUAUAAAACUUAAUUUAAUUUAGGUGUUAGGAGCUCUAUUAUUAUAAGAGAAGGUAUUGGUUGAUAUAUUUCACUUUUUGGCUAAUAUGAUUCAUGUGCUGGCUGAUAUGUUUCAUUUGUUGGCUGAUAUGGUUUUUGUGUUGGCUAAUAUAUUCCUUUUGGUGGCUGAUAUAAAUUUUUAUUUUUUAUUUUUGAUAUGUUUCUUUUAUUGGCUGCUAUUAGAUAUCAGUUGGCUGAUAUGUUUCUUUAGUUGGCUGAUAUAUUUAUUUUGUUGGCUGAUAUUUUUAUUUUGUUGGCUGAUACGUAUGUUUAAUUGUUGGCUUAUAUAU